AUGCAUCGUCCGGAACUUCAGUACGAUGACAAUGGUAAGCUCACAAUCAAAUUCGACUAUAGAAAUUCCACAGCUGUGAGUGACCUUUCAAAAUAUGCCUCGAGCGUCCGAACCAUACACUUCAAAAUCACAUUCCCACCCCCCAACCCCAACGACUCUGAUCUUUCGAGAGUAACAGGAGAAAUCGAGGAUAUCGUCACCGUCAUCAACAACGAAUUCACAAACGUGUCCCAAUUCGAAGCAACAUUCUUCCUCCAUAGAAUCGAUGUAAAUCAGCUCUCAAGUGCUCGUGCCUUUCAAAGACUUCGUCUCAGAGGAUGCGAGCUGACUUACUUUGUUGAGGGUGAGUGGUCAGAUACAGUUGAUAUGGAUUCGGGCUGGCUUGAAGAGCUUGAAUGUAUACAUGGGAGGGCAAAUUAUAGUAACUAUUAUCCCGAAGAUAGCGAUGAGGGUGUAAUAUGGAUGGCAUCGGAUUCGGAAUAG